CUCAGCGGAGCCGGGCGCCCUGUCUCGCGCCGGGUCCGGACGCCGGGAAUGUUCCGGCUGGGUCGCAGAGGCAAAGCGUGAUUCCGUCCAGCUCGCCUGGUGUCUGAGGCUCACGGUGUUCCGAAAUGGCCCAGCAGUCGGAUAAGGAUGUCAAGUACUACACCCUGGAAGAGAUUCGGAAGCACAACCACAGCAAGAGCACCUGGGUGAUUCUGCACCACAAGGUGUACGAUUUGACCUCAUUUUUGGAGGAGCAUCCUGGUGGGGAAGAGGUCCUCCGAGAACAAGCAGGAGGGGAUGCUACUGAAAACUUUGAGGAUAUCGGGCACUCUACCGAUGCUCGAGAAUUGUCCAAAACGUACAUCAUUGGGGAGCUUCACCCAGAUGAUAGAGCAAAGCUAACUAAGCCUUCGGAGACUCUUAUUACUACUGUUGAGUCUGAUUACAGCUGGUGGACCAACUGGAUGAUCCCAGCCAUCUCCGCACUGGCCGUCGCCCUGAUGUAUCGCCUCUACAUGGCAGAAGACUAAAUACAUCCUCGGGAGCCAGAGAAAGAAAAGGCUGCUUUGGACCAGGGAGAAGGAAGCCAGUGUCAGCUGUUCCAACGGACAGAAACCUUCAUCUGAAAAAUAAUUUUCAUACACCUGUUUCCCUUUCCUCCCACAUUAGAAACAAAAAGAACUGUCCUGUUCUUUUUACUCCUGAACUUUUGCCAUCUUAUUCAUCAGCUUUGUUCUGAUGUUCCGUCACUACAUGAUUUACUUACUGUAGGCAUGAUCUUUUAAAAAUAUACCUGGCUUUUAAAAUGUA